CUCUCGCUCUCCUCCCGCCGGAGCCCUGCGCGAUGCAAGCGGGCGGCUUUGACUCCUCUGACGAAGACGCCGCUGAGGAAGAUCUGAAGCCGCUCCCCAUCUCCUGGUUGUCUUUGUCCCCUGUCUACUCUUCUCAGUUCCUGGGAUUAUGUUCCCUCCCAGGUUGCAGGUUUAAGGAUGUUAGAAGAAAUCUUCAGAAAGAUAUAGAAGAACUAAAGAACUAUGGGACCCAGGAUAUAUUUGUGCUUUGUACCAGAGGAGAGCUCUUAAAAUACCGAGUACCAAACCUUAUAGACGCCUACCAACAGCAUGGGAUCUGUGUGCACCACUAUCCUAUUCCUGAUGGGGACGCUCCUGACAUUGCCAAGUGCUGCAAAAUUCUGGAAGAGCUCAGAAGCUGCCUGGAAAGUAACCGGAAAACAAUUAUACACUGUUACGGCGGCCUCGGACGUUCGUGUCUCAUAGCUGCAUGUCUCCUGCUUCAGCUUUUGGAUGCGCUGGCACCUCAGGAAGUGAUCGAGAGCCUCAGAAACUUGAGAGGAUCUGGGGCAAUACAGACCAUCAAGCAAUACAAUUACCUCCAUGACUUUCGAGAGAACCUGGCUGCACAUCUGGCAACAAAGGAUACAGUGUUCAGAUCGGUAUCACGGUAACGAAUACCAGCAUGGUGCAUCUUUGUGGCUACAGCAGACACCUGCAGACAUCUCACUCCUGCCCUUCAGUUUCUCACUGCUACUUGCCUGUGUGACACAGCUGCUCCCUUCCAAAUUUUGGUGUAAAUUUUGGGGUUGGGGGAAGGAAACUGUACAGCAUCUUUCUCUAUUUAGGAGUCUUUAAUACUCACUGCCU